UGUUAGUCUGUCUGGAUAAGGGAGACACCACCCCGAGAGUCAUGGCCUGGAGGUGGUGUCUACAGAUGAGAAUCUAGAGACCAGGCCAUGACAGAGCCAUGUUGUGGACUCAGCUCUUAUUCAGCUUGGUCAGGUGCAGUGCCAGUCUGAGUUCGUGUGUGAGAUGGAAAGGUCUGGAGUAAAUAUAGUAAGUCUUGUAUCCACAGACAAUACAAGCUCUGGUAUCUAACUUCUUUAUCAGGGCAGUUUCUCUCCUAUGCUGCAAUUCCCAACAGUGGUAGCUUGGCAGUGCUGGGGCUUGAACCCCCCACCUUCUGAUCUGUAACCAGAGCUUUAACCAUUGAGCCAGCACUGCCCAGUUGUGGUGGUUUGGGCAGUUUACAGGGACAUACCCUAGUCAGCUUCUGGUCAGCUGUAUCAGGCACAUACAUUCCACUGGACAGGGUAAAACCAGAACCAGAUUAUAUCUCAGAAUAUCUGGGGAUUCACCAGGAGGAGCAGGAAUCUGGGGCUGACCUUCUCAGCCUGUUGUCACUGAGAUACACAGCAGGAAAAUCUAAAGUAAACUUGAAUGAAUGAAUAAUUUUCCAGUCCUUCACUAGACCCCUGAGGAAGACCCUGGGGUGUGUCAGUCAUAUGGUAUCAGAGUGUGUGUCAUGUUUUUAUUUAAUUCUCCAGCUGUAGGUUCUGAUGAUGACGAUCCAGUCAGCGAUUAGCAGAGACAUCUUCACUCCACACCACGAGAAGUUAUUAACAGUGAUUGAAGUGAGGAAGAGGAGGAGAAGAAGACUGACCUUCAUCCCAGCAGGGCGUAAGGGGGAUUACAUCACCUUCCUGUGUCUGUCAGUGACGAAUAGAAAGCCGACUCAAGUUUUUAUCACCAAAGUGAAGCAGUUUGAAUUUUCUCCACAAUUUGAGAAACGUUCUCACUGGAGUCUGGAUCAGCUGCGCCGCGUCGACGGCAUCGACCCCGCCAAGGACAGUCCCGAGUUUGACCUGGUGUUUGAUCACAGAUCUGAUCAGUGGGUCGCUGCGUCUUCAGCUGAGAAAUGUAUGUUCAUUCAGAUUCUCUAUCAUCUCUGCCAACAUUACUGGAAGAAACAGAUUGACCUGAGAGUCACAGCGCCCCCUGUGGGUCAGAAACCCACCACCACCACCCCUCCUUCCACCUCCACCACCAUCACCCCUCCCUCCACCGCCACCACCACCCCUGCCUCCACCGUCACCACCACCCCUCCCUCCACCUCCAACGAGCAAACACCUGGUCUGAAGAAAAAGCAGAAGAAAGGGCGUGAUGUGCCACGUCCCACCGAAUUCGUUAACUGCCAGUCCAAAUUACUGGGAGAUGCCUGCUCACUAAACAUCGUCAUCUACCGCUGUAAGAUCUUCCUGCACAGGAUGAGGAACUCCAUGACCUCUGCUCAAGAACCAAGUCACAGUCAGAAAGCUUCUCCUGUGAAAGUGGGCGUGGCUAGCUCCUCCCCUCCGGCACAGAGCAUCAUGGGAACAGUGGGUCGCAGGGCAAGUCAGGUGUUCAGCGUUGAUGUUAAACAUCUCACUGAAAACACGCAGAAGUUUGCCCUGAAGCAUCGGGAUUAAAUGAAUCACUCCAUCAUCUCCUCUGUGCAUGCUUAAUGCAGUGCCUUUAUUACACACACACACACACACACACACACACACCCCACACACACACUUUACAGAAGCUUAUAAUAAUGUUUUUUUUGCUCUGAACGCUUUGUAAUAAUCUCAGUGUAACGAGUGUUUGAGCCGCUAGAGGGCGAUGCUGAGUUCUGAAAACACUGAGGUUCACUUUGUAAAACGUCUUAAAAGCAUUUUGUGUAUUUUUAUUUUUUUAUGUUAAACAGUAACAUGACUGGACUAAUGUUACACACUUAGACAUGCAUAUAAAUGCUACCAACACGUUUAAUAAUAUAAUACACUCUGUAGACACACAGGAGAUCAUAACUCACUUUUUUGAGGAAAUUAUUUCAUUCUGGUCAUAUUAUUAUUAAUUUACAGCAUUUUACACAACUGAUUAAUUUACACUCAGAAAAAAACACUUCAGUUUUGUUAUUUAGAGGAAUUCAAACCUGUAGUUUAAAUUUAAUACACUUUUAAGGUAUA